AUGGCGGCUCUUGACGACUUCGAAAGGGCCGAGAAAAAUGUCAGUAACUCUACAGGUUCGAACGUGACGGUCCCCGAGCCGUACGUGGGCGCAGCCGCCAUCCUGGAGAACCUGGCGGUCUCCGUCCCCACCAUCCUCACCUACGCCGUCUGCUUCCUUCUCGGCACCGUCGGGAACGUGCUGGUGGUCUUCUCCGUGGCGCGUUUCCGGCGGCUCCGCUCCACCACCAACUACCUCCUGGGGAACCUGGCCACGGCGGACCUGCUGAUCGUGGCGCUGUGCGUGCCCGUCAAGGCGGCCGAGUUCUUCCUGCCGGCCUGGGAGCUGGGCGGCUUCCUGUGUAAGGCCACGGCACUCCUGCAGUUUCUGUCGGUCAUCUGUUCCGUCCUCACGCUCACAUGCAUCUCCAUUGAAAGGUACUACGGUAUCCUCCACCCGAUGAAGGCCCGUGCCAUGUUCAUGUACGGGAAGGCUCGCCGUGCUGUGGCGGUCAUCUGGGUGCUGUCUCUCCUCCUGGCCUCCCCCAGCCUGGUUAUACAGGGUCUUGUGGGAUAUGACUGGGGGACGGGCGAUACCAUCUACCACUGUCAGCAGGUGUGGGCGUCGGUAGUGUACGAGCGUCUGUACGUGUUGUACGGUCUGCUGGUCCUCUUUCUCCUCCCCCUCGCCAUAAUGGGCUUCUCCUACGGCUGCGUCAUCUGGGAAAUCGUGCAGCGGCGGAGAGGUCAGAGUUCAGAAAGUGAACAGAAAGAAAAUGUCGAAAACGAAGGAAAGAUGAUGUCCUUUCGCCGUUUCUCGGAACAUCUUCGGCGAACCCCGCAAAACCCCGAGGUAGUCGGGGCCGCUGAGAACAUGCCACACGGGCCCAGAAUGACGUCAAUGCAGCUGGAGACCAUCACCCAGGGCAACGCAGACGAGAAUAGUUCAACCAAUAGUCGAAAACCAUCGUUCCAAGUCCUGGGGGACGAAAACGGCUUACAGAUAAUGAAGAUGCUGCUGGUUGUGAUGGCGGUGUUUGUGUCCUGCUGGGGACCGCUGCUGAUCCUCCACACUCUGGUGACCUUUAACCUCCUGGACGAGCACACCCAGCACGUGUACGCCAUGCGCAUCGCCUUCCGCCUGCUGUCCUACCUGAACAGCUGCGCCAACCCCGUCUGUUACGCCUUCAUGUCGCACAGCUUCCGCAGCAGCUUCCGACAGGCGAUAUCAUCCUGCGGCAAACGCCGGGCCUCGUGCCGAGGGGGGAACCAGCCUUCUCCGAGAGGCCUGCUGGCGGCAAACCUACCGAUCCCGGAGGUCCUCGUUCAGCAUUUAGACGUCCCGUCCCUGGCAGAGGGCUACUCCCUGCAGAGAACCCAGGGCACCCCUCUAGGAACCCCACUCGGAACCCCUGAUAGACAGUCAGUCAGGGGGGCAAAUUCUGAGGAAGAGCUGCACCACCAACUGAAGUCGGUAGAGGGCACUUUUGCUUUAGACCAUGGUGGUGGCACCGAUGGCCUUGACCAUGCAAAGGCCAAUGGUCAAGUUCAUUUGGAGGAAUAUCUCUACUGGAAAGCUCAGAAUGCCUUUUCCUUCGUAACGUCUGUCUAAAUUCCUCGUUC